CGAAAAACGAAGAGAGCGACGACGACGACGAGCGACGUUCCGACGUUGCCGACGACGAGUCGCAACGACGACACGCGCGUAUGUUAGUCGUUGUUGUAUGCAAAACGAAUUACGUUUAUAAUAAUUAGACGCAACGAUCAAUCAAUUGUUAAAUAAAAUGGAAAUCGACGAGGUUACAAAAUUGGAACAUCUUUCUUUAGUUUCAAAAAUAUGCACGGAAUUGGAAAAUCAUUUGUCACUCAACGAUAAAGAUUUAGCCGAAUUUAUAAUUCAUUUGGCAGAGAAGAACAAUAAUUUUGAAGACUUCAAAAAAGUGCUUCUGGAAAAUGGAGCCGAAUUUUCAGAUUCUCUGGUAUCCAAUCUCCUCAGGAUAAUACAGCAUAUGAAGCCAAUAAAAAGUUCAUCAGGUCAGACUCACGGCAGUGGAAAUAAACAAAAUGAUUUGGCAAACAAAUUUCCAGGUUUGGCAAUUCCUAACGAAGCCAAAGUGUCAGCGACAGUGGAGGAAAAGGACGAGAAUGGUUAUGAGGACGCCAUGGCAUUUCUGGAAGCUUCUGCUCCCUCCUUUUCAAGAAGCAAUGCCGAAUCUAAAACUGAGAAUAAAGUGAUAACUGCAGAAGUCGCUGAGAAAAAGGUAGAGAAGAAGCGAAAAAGAAGUAGGUCUCGAGAGAGGAGGAGCAAAUCAAGAGACAGGCGAAGCAGAUCGAGAGACCGACGAAGCAGAUCGAGAGACCGACGGAGCAGAUCGAGAAACCGUCGAAGCAGAUCAAGGGACAGGCGAAGCAGAUCAAGGGAGGCUAAGCACAGUUCACAGAGAAGACACAGAUCAGGCUCCCGCGAUGGUCACCGGGACAGGAAGCGGCUUAGAUCAAGGGAACGUAGGCGUUCGAGAUCAAAGAACCGUGAUCGUGAUCGUAAGCGAGGAUCGCGGGAUCGAAAGGAUUCGAAGUACAGCAACCGAAGUAAAGAGUCUAAAGCAAAAUCAAAGUCGCAUUCGCCGGAAGAUGUUUCGGCCGAUCCGGAAGUGGGUAAAAUUUACACGGGCAAAGUAGCGAACAUAGUGCCGUUCGGCUGUUUCGUUCAAUUGGAGGGGCUGCGACGAAGGUGGGAAGGAUUGGUGCACAUAUCGCAGUUACGGCGAGAAGGACGCGUGGCGACGGCGAACGACGUUGUCACGCGAGGACAAAAAGUUUUGGUCAAAGUUCUCAGCGUCGGUGGGCAAAAAGUGUCGUUGAGCAUGAAGGACGUUGAUCAGGAAAGUGGGAGGGAUCUUAAUCCCGUUAUUUCGAUGAUCAAGACCGAGGAGGACGAGAAACAUUUGCGCAAUCCUGACAGACCGACUUCGUUGCUCGAUCUCCAGGGAAAUGUCGACGAGGAUGAAACGUAUUCGAGGAAGAGGGUACAGAGAUUAUCCUCGCCUGAGAAAUGGGAGAUAAAACAAAUGCUUGCCGCCUCGUGUAUCGACAGAAGCGAAUUGCCAGAAUUCGACACGGAAACUGGGAUAUUGCCUCGGGAGGAUGACGAGGAAGAGGACGUGGAGAUCGAGCUGGUCGAGGAAGAGCCUCCCUUUUUGCACGGUCAUGGAAGAGCCCUCGGGGAUUUGAGCCCUGUGAGAAUAGUGAAAAAUCCAGAUGGCUCCCUCGCCCAAGCGGCCAUGAUGCAGAGUGCCCUGGCCAAAGAGCGGCGAGAGCAAAAAAUGUUGCAGAGAGAACAAGAGAUGGAUUCGGUCCCGACGGGUCUCAACAAAAAUUGGAUCGACCCCCUCCCCGAAGCCGAGAGUCGUACGCUGGCUUCGAACAUGCGAGGAAUCGGUCUGCAGACGCAGGAUUUGCCGGAGUGGAAGAAGCACGUGAUAGGCGGUAAAAAAUCUAGCUUUGGUAAGAAAACGAAUUUGACGUUGCUGGAACAACGACAGAGCUUGCCGAUUUACAAGCUGAGAGACGAUUUGGUAAAAGCGGUUACGGACAAUCAGAUUCUCAUCGUUAUCGGAGAAACGGGCUCGGGAAAAACCACGCAAAUAACGCAGUAUUUGGCCGAAGCGGGCUUCACGGCACGCGGUAAAAUCGGUUGCACCCAACCGAGAAGAGUCGCCGCGAUGUCCGUGGCGAAAAGAGUCGCCGAGGAAUUCGGUUGUCGUCUAGGUCAGGAGGUCGGUUAUACGAUUCGUUUCGAGGAUUGCACCGGUCCCGAAACCAACAUAAAAUACAUGACGGACGGUAUGUUGCUCAGGGAAUGUCUCAUGGAUCUCGAUCUGAAAACUUAUUCGGUAAUUAUGUUGGACGAGGCGCACGAGCGGACGAUUCACACGGACGUAUUAUUCGGACUUCUGAAACAAGCGGUUGGGCGACGCCCUGAUCUCAAGUUGAUCGUCACGAGCGCCACCCUCGACGCCGUCAAGUUCUCACAGUACUUCUUCGAGGCUCCGAUAUUCACCAUCCCGGGGCGUACUUUCGAGGUCGAGGUCAUGUACACGAAAGAACCGGAGACAGACUACCUGGACGCAGCGUUGAUCACCGUUAUGCAGAUACAUCUGCGAGAGCCCCCGGGCGAUAUUCUGCUCUUCCUCACUGGUCAAGAGGAGAUUGACACCGCCUGCGAGAUCCUCUACGAACGUAUGAAGUCUCUCGGUCCCGAUGUCCCCGAGCUCAUAAUCCUGCCGGUUUAUUCGGCUCUGCCAUCAGAAAUGCAGACGAGAAUUUUCGAGCCUGCUCCACCGGGAUCCCGCAAAGUCGUUAUUGCCACCAACAUCGCUGAAACUAGUUUGACUAUCGACGGUAUUUAUUACGUCGUUGAUCCAGGCUUUGUAAAGCAGAAAGUUUACAACUCUAAAACUGGAAUGGACAGUCUGAUCGUCACGCCCAUUAGCCAAGCCGCCGCGAAACAACGAGCUGGUAGAGCCGGCCGAACGGGACCGGGAAAAUGUUACCGGCUUUAUACAGAAAGAGCGUACCGAGACGAGAUGUUGCCGACACCGGUGCCCGAAAUACAACGUACCAAUCUCGCCACGACCGUUCUCCAGUUAAAAACAAUGGGAAUCAACGACCUGUUACAUUUCGAUUUCAUGGACGCGCCUCCCGUCGAGUCUCUCAUUAUGGCCCUCGAAUCACUGCACAGCUUGAGUGCCCUCGAUAACGAAGGUUUGCUCACCCGACUCGGUCGAAGAAUGGCCGAAUUUCCACUCGAGCCAAAUUUAUCGAAGAUGCUUAUUAUGAGCGUGCAUCUUCAAUGCUCCGACGAAAUAUUGACCAUCGUCAGCAUGCUGUCGGUACAAAACGUUUUUUAUAGACCCAAGGACAAGCAAGCCUUGGCUGACCAGAAAAAGGCGAAAUUCAAUCAGGCCGAAGGCGAUCAUCUGACCCUCUUAGCUGUUUACAAUUCAUGGAGAAAUAACAAAUUCAGUAACGCUUGGUGUUACGAAAAUUUCGUUCAAAUACGUACGCUCAAACGUGCCCAGGAUGUUCGCAAACAACUUCUAGGAAUUAUGGACAGGCACAAACUCGACGUGGUCUCAGCAGGAAAAAAUACCGUGAGAAUUCAGAAGGCAGUUUGUUCAGGAUUUUUCCGAAAUGCGGCGAAGAAAGAUCCCCAAGAAGGGUACAGAACACUAGUGGACAGUCAAGUGGUGUACAUUCACCCCAGUAGCGCAUUGUUCAACAGACAGCCAGAAUGGGUCAUUUAUCACGAAUUGGUACAAACGACAAAAGAAUACAUGAGGGAAGUCACCACCAUAGAUCCAAAAUGGCUCGUCGAAUUUGCACCAGCCUUCUUCAAAUUCAGCGAUCCUACGAAACUUAGUAAAUUCAAGAAAAAUCAACGUCUCGAGCCGUUGUACAAUAAAUAUGAGGAACCAAACGCGUGGCGAAUAUCAAGAGUUCGACGAAGAAGGAACUAGAAAUUUCGUCUUCGAAUAUUCUUUGUACAUAUACACUACAAAAUGUAUAAUAAAUUCAAUCUCGCUUUUCUAUUUCA